GUGCUCCUGUCUGGGCUGCCGUCGAGCGUCGAGAGUGAAAAGCAGACCGACCGCGGCACGAGCGGGAUGGACGGGGCGGUGCUCUAGCGGGAGCGCGCGGGCGAGCGUACUACUACUACAACAACACGGCGGCGGCGGUGGCGGCAGCUUUCGCCUCGACAACACGACCGGCGCGAGGAAUUCGAAAGCGCCCGCGCUAGCGCGGUACCGGCGUUCAGAAGGUGGUGCGGGUUGUGUGUGACGUGCGCGCGUCGUGCAGUGCGUGCGCGAGUGCCUUUCGAAGUUUGUAGAAGAGGCGGCCAGCCGGCCCGAACCGACAAGCAGUUUUGAGCCAUGUGUUCGGCCGCGUACGAGCUCGGCGCCGUGCGGCUGGAGAUUCGGCCGCUGCGGCCGUUCAAGUCGAGCGAGGAGUACCUGUGGGCCAUGAAGGAAGACUUGGCCGAGUGGAUGAACACGCUGUACGGCCUCAAGCUGACGCCCGAGGCGUUCCUCGAGUCGCUCGACGACGGCGUCACGCUGUGUCGGCACGCCAACAAAGUGCUCGAGGCGGCCCGGCGCGAAGGCCGGCUGGCCGCGCUCAAGCUGCCGGACCGCGACGUCGUGUACCGCGCAGACGUGCAGCGGGGCACGUUCCAGGCGCGCGACAACGUGUCCAACUUCAUCGCCUUCUGCCGCGCGCUGGACAUCAAGGAGUGCCUGCUCUUCGAGACCGAGGACCUGGUGAUGCGGAAAAAUGAGCGCAGCUUCAUACUGUGCCUGCUGGAAGUGGCCCGCCGCGGGGCCCGGCUCGGCAUGCUCGCGCCGCUGCUGGUGCAAUUCGAGCAGGAGAUCGACGCCGAGCUCGAGCACGAGGAGUGCGACUCGGACGAGGAACCGCCGCCGCCCCGGCCGCAGAUCAUCACCAACGACUUGCGAUCGCUACACGAAAGGGUCGUGGACCUGCUGAACAGGUGUACCUGCCCGUCUCAGUUCCCGAUGAUUCGAGUCGCGGACGGGAAGUACAGGAUUGGAGACACCAAGGUGCUCAUCUUCGUACGGAUACUCCGCAGUCACGUGAUGGUGCGCGUGGGCGGCGGAUGGGACACGCUGGAGCACUACCUCGACAAGCAUGACCCCUGCCGGUGCAGAUCAGGCCACAGGACAUCGACUUCGGCAAAGCUGACCAUGACUCCCGGGAAGGGUGGCAGUCCAACCAUGCAGGUCACAUACAAUAGACCUCCCGCACCGAGCUACCCCUACGGGAGCACGUCGCCGCUGAUGUCACACAGGGGCCUGCCGCACAACAACUCUCUCACCGGCGACCACGAUCGAGACCUGACCCCAUCGAGGAUAUCACACUGCAGCGACGACUCGACCAGCUCGAGCAGCGGUGGAUGCGGAGUGCCCGCCGACAGCAGCAGCGAGACGUCCGAGGGCGAGUUCGCCAAGACGCCCGGCGGAUCCCGCAAAUGCUCGCCGCGCAAGAUCGCCAAGACCGGGAACGUCACGCCUCAGCCGGGAGAGUUCGGAAGCCCCAACGGCUCCGCCUCCUGGAAGAUGGCAACUCCGGACCGACCCGACUCUGCCGGAGGCUUACCGCGCUCGCACGACGUCGUCGACAGCGGCGCAGCGUCAGCGGACGAAAGCUACGCGUCGUCCGCUUCGCCCACCGCGUCUCCCGCCAAGACGAACGGAACGACCUCGUCUCCGAGGCACUCGAUCUCCGGUACUGGGUCCAGACAGACUCCCCCACCGCCGGCGUCGUCCGCGAAGUCCAGGAUUCCCUACCUCGCCACACCCAACCGGGCCACGAGCACGGAGAACCUGACCACAAACGGAUCCACGUCCCCUAUUCCUCCACACCACCAGCAACAGCAGCUGUCCAAGCAGCACCAACUGCAGCAGCCAACGACCAACGGGCGCGUCCGGCAGUCGUCGACUCCACCCAACCCUAGCGCCAGGCGUCGUUCUGUGGACGCCGGUCUGGCCACUCUGCCCCGCUCCCGGUCACACAGCAGCGAAGGGAGUAUGAUUGCCGACAAGGGCUUCCUCACGCGAGGCGUUCCGGGCCGCUGCUCGUGGAGGAGUCCGCCCCCGGUACGGACCUCACCGCGAUCCGGCGCCUCCGACGGCGCCGUCAACAAGACCUGGGCCUUCCGGCAGCGCGGUUCUUCGAGACCUGCCCUCACGCCCGACCUGUUCACCGAGCCCGGCUCCAAGAGGAGCGCGGUCCACUCGAGCCCUACCAAAUCGCAGAGGCCCAACGUGAUAUCGCCCCUGCUGCAGGAGCUGCUUCGCGAGAAGGACCUCGACUCGGACGACAAGAUCCUGAAGAAGAUGGAGUUCAUCGUCAACCACUACCGCUCGCGUCUGGACAGGGGCGAAUGCGGUGAAGCCAACGGCAGCUCCACCCUCCCCAAGGCCUCCCACACGGCACCCACGUCACCUGACAGCUUCUGCAGCCCGCCGUGUCGGAGGCGAGGCUCCAAGAUUCCCAUGGCUACUUACUACGACAGGGACUAAUCCAAACUGUUGUUUUGAAGACUCUCUGCUUAGAACUGCUGUCCGCCCCGUGGUGUGCCGAAAGAUCAUCGGUGCUAUAGCGGGUUCGGGACAGUUCGAAGGGGGAAAAAAAAGUCAUGUUUGCCAAUACGACCGGCCCUCUCUGACAGGCUGGAAUGCCGCCGUCGAGAAUUGCUUUCCUCCUGACAAGAGGAUAAGUUGUUAGAAGCUGCAAGAGAGCGCUCCUGCAUGGCCUGUUAUAGAGAGUGAUGAUUCACACGGUCUUACAGAGCUGCGGUUCGCGUGUUGUCGUGCGAGUUGCAGAGUUUCUUGACAACGGGAGGCCUGCAAGGCGGGUGAAAACUUUGAGUUUGGCAUCCCAACAACAUUUUCUUCGCGUGCACGUAACACGCGAGGCCCACCUGUAAUCACAGCUAUAGUUAACAACUCGCAACAAAUCCACCUGUUGCAUGGCGCAGAAGUGAAAGAAAAAAAAAAAACAAGAAAGAAAAGGCACGCGCUGUUGUUUCGGGCGGAAGCGCUGCUCGGAGCUGAAGUUUUUUUUUUGUUUCACGAGAUCAAACUUUAUAGCGUUACCUGAAAAUGAGGCUCGUACGAAUAUAGCAGUAGUCGUACCUGUCCGAGUGUUGAGCGCGAGUCUGGACAAGUACGAAGGUACAGUCGCCGAAACGUUUUACGUCAUAGGACGACCUCGGGAAUGAGGCGAAACCCAGCAAGAACGUGGUCGUACAAUAAUAAUAAAUGCGCUCAGGAGCUUUUCAAACACACACACGCAACAGAUUAACUGUGUAGAUAUAUUUUUUAAAGUCUAUUUUACCCGACACGACCUAGCGCAGCAGUAUAGUGACCGCGUUACUCUCGAAACUUCGCAUUAGCGGAGGGAAGGAGAAAUAGAAGUGGCAGUUAGUGAAAUGUCUGGAGAGAGAACACCGGCGUUUAGCUAUUUCGGCACGCUUGAGAAUAAGUAACAUGGCAUUUAACAGAACAGCGCUGUCUGAGACCUCGUUAAAGGUCACUUUGCUGGCUGGUUCGGUGCGAGUACAGCUGCCAAUACUGCCCCCAAGCAGGUGGGGAUGGGUAUUGGUCCAAGAUGUGCUUUUCUUUUAGAUAUUUUGUUCGGGACGAGUGCCAUGCAUGAUGUGCGUGAAGAGUUUACGAAGAGUGUUUGUAUUUUUGUUUCUUGCUUUCGCUGAAGCAGCAAGACAAAUGGCAGCGCGCUUGUUUUGCUCUUUUGUUUGUUACGAUCGUUCUAUCCAUUAUCUCUCGGUGUUCGCACAAGCAGCUGGUUUUAUCUUUUAUUUUUUUAAUUUGUAUAGCGUUGCAAUCGGCAUCACAUCUGACCCAGGCGCACAUCUUGAAAAUGGCUCGGAAGUCGUGCGUCUCGUGUAACGUGGUCCGCUUUCGUUGCUGCUUCUAGUCUGCAGGAUAUAAAACACAGACGCACACAGGCCGGUUUCGUUUGAGACCAACGCAACUAUAAAUGAUUUGGGAAGUUACAGCAAAGAGCACACGAGUCUUGAACAAAGGGACAACACGAGGCGGUACCCAUAAACGUGUCUACUUUUGAAGUAAUGCAAUGGGGCAGAGUGUGGGUGUAGGCCAGUUGGUGACCCACACUCUGCCACGUCACAUUACUUAAAAAGUAGGCGCGUUUAUGUGCACCGCCUUGUGCUGUCCCUUUGUUCAUGACUCGUGUGUUCUUUGCGAUAACUUCCCAAAUCAUGGAUCACCGACUGGCCUACACCCACACUCUGCUAUGUUACCAACUAUAAACUUUCACAAUGAGUAUGAGGCUUCCAUGUUCGCUGGCUCCUACGCCUUUAAUUGUUUGUUGCCCUGUAAGAAUUCUAUUUACAAACUGCAGACGUCGCAUUAGGAACGUCUGACGACAUCCUUUAGAUUGAGGUAGAAUGAGAGACGUGAUGAAAGGUGAAGAUGGCAGCAGACGCGAACGGCGAACGAGACAGAAAAAGUGCUUGUGGGAAGAUGAAAACUUGGAAGUGGCCAACAGGAGUACCGAACAAGGGAAUGUUCGGCCCGGAGACAACGCUUCGACAAGGGGCACCUGUAUCCUUCAGGACCUUGACGAAGACAAGCACCCUUUGUCGAAACGUUGCCUCCAUACCGGGGAUUUUCCUUGUUCGCCCGCUGUCGAUCGCUAUGCGAGUGUGGUGCAAUCGUACGUGAAGUUUAAUCAUUCAAGGUAACUGUAGCUGCCGGUAAAUACUGCAGCUAUCAAUUUGAUAGCUUCAGGGUAGUCGCGCUUUUUCUUUCGCGGCGUGUCAGCGCUGCACCACGCACCGCGAGACAGUGACAAGUGUUCCUGCAGUGCACGUUUUUGCAGACCAGGCAUGGGCAAACGCAGCGCACCUUUCCUAUUCACAAGCGUUGAUCGGUUGUUGCUGCUCAGCAUGGAAACCCCUAGUGUAUUGCCGUCACUGCAGCUAUGCUAGAUGUUAGGGCGUAUGCUCAACUAAAGACAACUUAAGAGAAAACAAGAUAAACGCAGGCAUUCGGCAUUGUCUGUUGGUUUGAACAAUGUGGACAACGUACAGCCGAGUUCAUUGAUUGAGGAUUCCGCAAGUCUUCGAAGCCGGGUUUGGCUUCGUAAGUCGAGAUUUCUUCGUUAAUUAGAAGUGACGGAAAUGUUUCCUAGCUUUAAUGGACGCCCGGGUCGUUUGGCAGCUGUUAUACUGACUAUACCUCGAUGGGGUUACACCGGACGUUACCUUAGGUGGAAAAAAAUUAACGGUUGUACGAUAGGCUGCGUAACGGAUGUUUCAAUGUUUAUUAGACCGCUGAAUCCAACACGCGCAACUGACGCUGCAGUCAUUUGUACAUAAUAAUAAUUGCGAAUGUUUAGGUGAGGAGGAGCACUGGGAUGUGCCGAGGUGCAGAUGGCACAUUGUGAGAAGACGUCGCUUACUGUUGGCGCGCGUUCGACAGCGCGCUCAAUUUGAAGUGCUAUACACUGUUACUUAGCUUGAAACAAAAAAAUUUUAAGGACACGCCCACACGCCAGACGCCGUGUUUGGGCAAGCACGCCAUCAAAAAUACUGUAACAAAGUGUUCUUUCUUUUUUUCUAGGAACUGUCAACUUGGUCAUUGUUGUCGGUAUGCUUUGUCGUUGCCUAUACCUCAGCUAAAAUGUUGUAAAUAAAAGUUCUGUUUUUAACAAAAAAAAAA